AUGGGAGUUCCUGCUGCACAACCGAGAACUUGCUAUAUAAUUGACUCCUUAUGGGUGCGCUGGCAUCAACCAACUCGAGCUACAGUUCUGAGACAACUCAUACAGCAAAGCAGCCCGCACUGUAGCCUAAUACACACGUCCCUUGACAUUCAGGGACGCUACCUGGGUCUUGCAGAUUCAUGCGUGAACUUUGUCUGUCGCAUUGCAAUCAGAACAAAUACACUCGAUAACUUCGAACGAGAACGAUGUCGUCUACGUGUUCCAGAUUCCUUCCGAUUCUUAGCUGCGAUGCCACCCGAAGGUAGCGCGAGAGCUGAGGUAUUGCCAGGUUGCCCAAGCCUAGACAGGGGAAGUCGAGAGGCACAGGUCGGCUACGAAUCACGGACCUUCCGUUCCGCCCUAGACUGUCAGUCCCUAUCGCACUACUCGGAAUUCGAGACAGGAUCAGAGAGUGGCCUGUCAGAAUUAUCGCUUGUCCAUCCAUACCAACCGAAGAAAUUCGGGAAGCGGAGCAAGCCAGUUGCAGAUCCAUCUAAUCGAGUGGUACAUCGGGGAGCAAGGGCAACUCGGAGAUACGAAAACGAGGCGUUUCUGAACACACUGUCUGCUAUUGCCGAAACCGAUGGAGAGGACUUGGCAGUGGUGGCCUGGCCUGAUAGUAUUUCUCACUGCUCCGCAUUCGCCAAAUUGUUCGAAGACGACAGCAUUCGAGCUGUUUGGGACUUGUUUGUGAGUCUUUCGGAAACGGAGCAGGAACGCUUAUUACGUUCUCUGCGUCGAUCGAACACCGAGUCUGAUACGAGCGACUCGGAUCCGGAGGAAUCUGUUUCAGAUUCCGGUCAUAGUCCGAUUGCCAGUCAAGAUGUGCUCGAUCACCUGACCCGACGACGUCCACAGUCCAACACUCGUCGUCGGCGUUCGAAACGUGGCCAUCACCGGAAAUCCAAAAGUCAACUACCUCAUUGUCCUUCUCCUACCGGAGAGCGUGACCUCGAAUUAUCGGAUACUGUGGUAUCUUCCCAAGAAUCUGGAGGACACUCGAAAUCCGCAGAAGCUCAAUCUGAACUUCGAGGCUUUCUCCCGCCGCGAUUUCUCGCCCUUAUAUCCAGGUCCCACACGUCUGAUGGUAGACGGCUUAGAAGGGUAAAACGUCUUGUCACCCCUCUGGAUUUUUGUCUGAUUGACCGUGUGGAGACGGAACUGCGACGAUGGUUCACCAUUACACCAGAUGAUGGGGAUAAUAUCGCUUCCUGGAUUGAUCAGAAACGAUGGACUCCAACAGUCUCUCUCCUGGGUGAGGUAGAUCUUCGACGCUGGAUGCUUGAAAACGAGUCUUUUCCUGAUUUGCUUCAGUUAGAUGCAUUUGAACGACUCGUUGUGCACUCUGUGGCAAGUUACUUAGGGCUCGGAUCCUACAGUAACUGGUCCGAGACCUUGCGAGAUCGCCAACUGUGGGUAGAAAAGCGAUUUGGUCACACGUUCGCCCCACCGAACCGUACUUUGGUCAACCUGCUCAAGGCGCAUUUUUCCCAACCGUAGUAGUAAACUGGCGUUUAUCAUGCUAGUAUUACCACUGAAAUUUGACCUUUUCAUCGAAGGUGGUGUUCAUUCGUUUCCCCAUGUCUAUCGUUAGCUCUUGUUGAAGCAAGUUAUUUUUUGUCUUUAAUUGUUCUAUUUCGUAUUUCUAGCUCUCUGGUUUUCAUUUCGUUUCCCUACAACUGACCCCUUGUUUCCAAGUGCAACUUACAUAGUUAGAUGUGGUUCCCGGGUGACCGGAGAAUUUAAUGCUUUAUGAGGCGCGUAUUGUUCUCGUAGCGACCACAAAUUGUACUGUUUCUCGCCAGGCGGGGAUGUCCUAACGCUUUUCUGUUUUGGAUUAUUUUGUUUAUCCAUCAGAAUGUGCCGAUUGUUUUGUUCUUUCAACCAACAAUCGUCAACUUAAUAUAGUGAUCUAAGUUAUCAAGUGCUAUGGUAGAUGCGUUAACCUUGUGG